AGUGUUGCGCAUGCGGAUGAAAUGUCACAUUGCACUGGAGUGGAAAAGAAUUUGACGAUCUUCUUUGGAAAAAAAAACAUCCUUAUUUUAUUCAGUUUGAUUUUAUCCACAGAAUAAGUCAUGGCAAAUAACUCAAUAAAUACAGCAAAGUUGAGGAACAGGGAUUAUGCGAAUAAAAUCAGACACGGAUCGCCCAAGUUACAAGAGACGCUGCGAGAGAAAUGUCGUCAGAGAAUGCGGGAGAAAAGAAAUCAACUGUUCAACAGACAUAGGUUUGAUUUAGAAUUUAAUUCAAAACAUGUGCAAGAUACAUUGAUGGAAGUAAUACGCGAAGAAAUAAAAAAUCUAAAAACAUCGGAUGUGAAUGAAGGAAAUAUAUUUAACGAGAUAGAUGAGCUAACUGAGGAACAAGCGCUAGAGUUAGAAAAUCAAAUUAUUCAAGAGCAAGAGCAAUGGAUAUUACAAGAAUACGACAGAAUCUCGCAAGAGGAAACCGAAUAUCUAGCAAUGUACUGUGAUCAAAAGAAUGAUGAUGUGAUUUGUCCAAUAUGUCAGAAAGCUAUAUUAACUGAAGAGAACAAUAGUCUAACUUGUGCAACCUGUGGAUUGAUGUUGGUUAGUCGUACUGCUCAAGAAGCAAAAUGUUUAAUCAAUGAUUGUUUGCUUAAACAUGCAAUACAAUGCUCCACAACGCCAACAUUCACAGUAAUAUCUGAGAGUAACAAUAUCAACUUGUACAUGAUUUCUUCAUGUUGUAACAUUGAAGUAAUAACAAUAUAUAUGAGUCUUUAUGAUUAUAUGAUACAUAUUGUACAAAAGAACAUCCCUUUCGCGCUGAGUUCGUUUAUAUUAUCUAUCAUUUACACAUGUAUAUACACGUGUAAGUUAAGUGAGGGCAUCUGUAUAUCGUAUCGUGUGUAAAGUCUUUUGAAUAACGAAUCACCUUAAAGUAUAGAUGAAAAGAACAAAACAAAGUAUCGAGAACGUUUCUGUUUUCCUUAAUUUGAGUGUGUACAACAAAUUAACUUUACAUUAAUAAGAACGUUGCAAUAUGCAGAAGCCCUUUGUAGCUUAAGCUCUAUUCGGUAGUCAAACCUUUUUAAUAAUAAUUUGUAAAUAAUUUGUACAUUAUCACAUAUAUAUUAAAGAUCUUAUAUUGCAUAACGUUGUGAACAUAAAUGUUAUAUGUUUGAGCAACCCUCUUUUUAUCGUCCAUACAAUUAUCGACAUAUAUGUAAUUCCUUUUGCUGGCGCAACCAUGCAGAACAAUUCGAUGGCAACGCAAAAUUUAUCAAAUACUACCAAUAUAACCAAUAUUGAUAAUU